CGCUCACCCACGUUGCCGAAGCACAAUUACAACAGCUUCUAGGAGUAAUACAUUAUUUUCGCUAUGAUCAAGCCUGAAGAAAGAUUCUUCACCGAUAGUGGGAGCUACUUUGGCGCUGCAGAAAAUCCCAACACCGAAGCUUUUCUGAACGUCUGGGAUUGGGAUCAACUGCACAUGGUCAAGCUCAAAGGAACCGCCAAGGUCUUCCCACCUGACGAGGGCCACGAGGUACAAAUUUUGGCGCAAUUUGCCGAUUACCUGUCUCCGGAAGUUUGCGCAGUUACUAUCGACGAUAAUGGGCUCAUUACAGGAGUCUCCACAGAUCCGGACGAGGAUGAAACGAGCUUUAUCCCACAUUUUCCCUUCGCAACUAUCCCGCCACUCGCCAAUUUUCCUACAAUCCAGUGCUCUAAACUUCAAGAGCCCGACCGUUUAGGACCAGGCGUUGAUCUCUCAUUAUACGAAGAUAAAUCUGGGAAUCCUCAAAUGGUUGCCUUCAAAUUUAAUUCCUGGUGGAAGCCUUUGAGAAUGCAAAUGGCCUGGGAUGAACUGCACCUUCUGGGGAGUUUGCCUUCGCAUCCUAAUCUACUACGACUUGAUCGCAUUAUCCUCGAAGAUGUGGAGUCUCGGGUAAUUGGAUUUACAACCAAGUAUAUCCCAGGUGGGACUCUCGAAAAUCCAAAGGUGCCUUUUCGAUUUGAGUGGCUAAAACAACUUACCCAAGUUGUGGAUUUUCUUAACCUGGAAUUGGGAAUCAUGCAUCAAGACAUUACACCCCGAAACCUGCUCGUCGAUCCAGCCACGUACAAACUCGUCCUCUUCGACUUUAACUUCGCUGCACGCGGAAAGUAUAAUUUGAUGGACGGUCGGGAUGAUGCGUCUAGCGUCGUAUUCUCACUAUACGAGCUUAUUACGAGCGAUACGCACUUUACGAGUAUCCCCCCGUGGGAUCGUAAUAUAGACAUGGUGCAGAGCAUCUCAGAGUGGCCCUGCAACCGCGAACUGGACUCUGAUGUAUUAGUAUUCCGAAGCUUUUUGAACGAAUGGGUAGUCAAACGAAGAUCCGACAGAGACAUGGAACGAUAUCUCAAUGCACCUAACCAGCUUACAUGGCCGGACCUACCAAACCCGCCCGAGUAUGAUGCCCCCUUCGAAUUAGGAAAAACUUUGGAUGGAGAGCCUAAUUGGGUAACAGGCGUGCGGACGCGACGUGCCGCAAUGGAGCUGGGGCAGUAUUGCUUUCGCUGGGAGAGGCCACCGCAGAGCAGGUUGUUGAAGAAGGGUGAAAAUGCAAUGUAGUAGCCGAUUUGUAAAGAACAGCUUUCAACCAAAACAAUCCAAGAGUAGAUUCAGUGUGCUUCG